AUGCUUAAUCGAGCAUUACGUACGCUCGAUGGUGACAUUAUAAUCCGAAUGGGAUUUUUUCUUUGUGAUCUCCACCGACAAAUUAAAGAUUUACACAGCAAGCAAAUUAAUCAAUAUAAUGGUAAGACCUUUCUUGUUUAUCGAGGACAGGGAUUACCAACGGCAGACUUCGACAAGAUUGCUAAAAGUAAAGGUGGACUUAUCUCAUUUAAUAACUUUUUAUCCACCAGUAAAGAUCGACUUGUUUCUCUCGGCUUCGCCAAUGGUGCCUUAGGAGCACCAGAUAUGGUCGGUGUUCUUUUUCAAAUGACCAUCGAUCCUAAAGAAUUAUCGACUCCAUUCGCCUCUAUUCCAGAGCUGAGUAAAUUUGCACUAGAAGAUGAAAUACUCUUCUCGAUGCACACAGUUUUUCGAAUUGGUGAAGUUCGAAAAAUUGACAAGAACACUUCACUUUAUCAAGUGGACCUCAAACUUACAGCAGAUGACGAUCAACAACUACAUCAAUUAACUAAUCGUAUACGGCAAGAGAUCGAUGGUAGCGGAUGGUAUCGAUUGGGUCAAUUGCUAUUUCAAAUAGGUCAAUUUGACAAGGCCGAAGCUUUACCUGAAAAUCAUCCACAUAUAGCUAUUGCAUAUAGUAAUAUUGGUGAUGUUCAUCGAUUAAUGAGUGAUUAUGAAAAGGCACUUUCAUUUCAUGGAAAAGCAUUAAAUAUUCAAGAAAAUGUGCAAUGUAAUCCUUUGGAUUGUGCAUUAACAUAUAUAAAUUUAGGUGAAACAUAUCGAGAAAUAAAAGAUUAUUCAACAGCAUUGACAUAUUUUCAAAAAGGAUUAGAAAUACGUGGGAAGAAAUUACCAAAAGAUCAUCCUGAUUUAGCUAUUGUAUAUCACAAUUUAGCAAAAUUAUAUUUAUCUACUCGAAAAUAUAGUAUUGCAAUGAAAAAUGUUCAACAAGCGAUAGAAAUUGCACAAGAAAAAUUGCCUUCAACUCAUCCACGUCUUUUGAAAUAUAAAGAAACAUUUGAAAAAAUUCGAAAGAAAAUGUAA